CCGGAAGUGCAUUUGCAGAGUGCGACAGUGCGACAAAGCGGGGAACGCCAGUGGGCCUGUUGCGGAGUACGCUUUGGAGUGAGAAGCUUCGAGGCUGUAGGACGCAGCUGUUGCCAUGACGGCCCAGGGGGGUCUGGUGGCUAACCGAGGCCGGCGCUUCAAGUGGGCCAUUGAGCUAAGCGGGCCUGGAGGAGGCAGCCGGGGUCGAAGUGACCGGGGCAGUGGCCAGGGAGACUCUCUCUACCCAGUCGGUUACUUGGACAAGCAAGUGCCUGAUACCAGCGUGCAAGAGACAGACCGGAUCCUGGUGGAGAAGCGCUGCUGGGACAUUGCCUUGGGUCCCCUCAAACAGAUUCCCAUGAACCUCUUCAUCAUGUACAUGGCAGGCAAUACUAUCUCCAUCUUCCCUACUAUGAUGGUGUGUAUGAUGGCCUGGCGACCCAUUCAGGCACUUAUGGCCAUUUCAGCCAAGAAUGGAGUUCAGUGGUGGAGGACUGCUUUUGUGAACAUGAGAAAGCAGCGCCUGGUCCCUAUGUAUUUGGGUCUUACUUACAUCGUUAAGCCCAGUGGCUCCUCAGCAUACUCUUAAUCACUUAUGUUAAAAAGAACCAGAAGGCUCUUUUCUCCAUGGUGGGGUGACAGGUCCUAGAAGGACAAUGUGCAUAUUACUACAAACACAAAGAAACUGUACCACAACCCAUAACUGAAAAUAAUGUAGAAAACUUUAUUUAUGUUUCCAGUACAGAGCAAAACAACAAAUAAAAUCGUAACUAUGUAAACAAGAGAAUAAUUGCUGCUAAAUCAAAACUGUCGCAGCAUCUCCUUUCAAUAAAUUAAAUGGUUGAGAACAAUGUGUAAAAAAAGUUGCACAAGUUCCCUUAAAUCUAUUUUCCUUAAUAUUUCACUUCUAUUUAAAACAAGCUGGGACAUAAAAAUUUUGUUGGAGACACUUGGGGAAGAUGUGAGAAACUAAUGCUGGAUUCAGCUUAUACAUGAUGAAAAGACAAAUAAACCAGACAAAAGGAGCACAUAAAUACGCAUACAGUGUAACUGUUAUUUUAAUACCCACAAUGAGGGAUUUUUGUUAGUAUGUUUGGGGGAAUGAGGAUUGGUGCGAUUCUUGGGGCCACAGGAAUCUGAGGCAACGGAAGAUACAUAGAGUGAUCUUCCCCCUGCCGAGAGGAACCUGGCACCUGUCAAGCAGAUGCUGUCAGUCCAAACUUCAGCUUUUAAGAUAGCUAUUCAAGGCAGAAGGUCAGCAGGAGGAUGUGUAUUUGAUCUGCCCUGGUAAAGUCAUAGGUAAGACUCAAAAGCAGGAUCUUACUCAAAAGGCAGGUAUUUCCUGCCUUCUGUCUUGAAACAGCCCCUUCCCCUAAGGUGCAUUCUCUCAAGUCUUCAGUAUUGCUUUAUUUGCAGUGAUUUUUAAAAGAGAUGAGAGACUUUGGGGACAACAUAAGCAACACAUAUAGACAUGAAAUGCUCUAGACAGAGAUGAAUAUAAAUCUGGCCUGAUAACCAGUUUUCCAUGUAACAGUGAUUUUGUGUUUCAGGGGCUGAAGUAGUGGUUAUAUUAAUAGCCACUAAUUCCCUUAUCCCUUUUAAAAGAUUUUUACAGUUCUCCAGCCACAAACAGCACUUCUAAAACCAACUUUAUUUUCUGCCCAUAAUUUGUUCUACAUGGAAAAAAAAAAUUACUUUGGCCAGGGGCGU